GAUUACAGAACUUACUUCAAAAUCACAUGGAGCAUAAGCAGAACCGACGCCUUGAGAGAUGUCAUUAGGACAGCGGACGGUGGUGAUAAGAGGUUCAGCCAAACUACUAGUGUAAGCAUCACGAGUGUAUUUCCUACUGAGUGCCCCGAGGAACAAAAAGAUAGUUCAGGAUUAGCACGAUGGAUCAUUGUUCUCAUCGUGUGUGGUCCCGUAAUAGUCAUCCUACUGAUUCUUGUGGGAAUUAAAAAGGUAAGUUCCUCUUUGUUCGGAGCUCGUGCCUUCGAAGGUUAUUCUUUAUUCCAAUCUUGUAAUUCGAUGGUAAUGCUUAACGUAUUGGUAGCACAUAAGGCUACCCGGAAAAAAUCGAGGUAUCGUAUUGUUCUUAUCGUUACAUAGGGGGAAGGGUGGUGUUGGAAUCUCAGGUGUAAUUUAUGUUUCAGAUCAUUUCAUAACUGAUAAAAUGGAAAAUUGUAUUCACAUCUCCCUUAUCAUAUAAGCUUGAACUUUAACUCCGAUUCGUCAUGAUCACCAUAAUCAAUCAUUUGCCCUGCUUAAGUAUGGACAAGUGUUACAACCUGAUUUUCACGGCGAGAGGACGUCGAGGGAAACCAUCAGGCUGAAAAAAGAGGUCACAUGAACAGACAGGAAUCUUCAUAUUUCGGAACUCGGAACAUUUUCCCACGAUGUCUGUCUUCCUCUCUGGCGCACGCUCCGUCCAGUGUUCUUACCACAAAUGAUCUCACCGUAACAUGCAAUCUUGUACUCUCUUGUUUCGGCAGGUACAAAACAAGAGACUCAAAAACAGCGCGUUUCAAGGGAGGAGCAUUUAUAAGUUCCGUGACGAGAAAAGACUAUUCGUGCAGACGAAUGUCUACAACCCUUCUAGCUCCUCAUUUGAAAUGUACCAGUUGUCUGGCUCCGAACAA